CGUAACAAAUAUCAACCCUCCAACUUCGAUUCCUGCAUUCCAGCACAUAUUUGUAUUACAAACCACUUUAAUUGAUGCACCCAUAUUGGAAUUUUGGGAUUUUCGUUGUUUUUGUGUCUCAGGAAGUACACAUAGGGGACUAAAUGGACUUGAUAAAGUUGCUUUAGCUUGGUGGGGCUUUGCUUUUUUUUGGGGAAGAAGAAAUUCUUGAUUAAGCUCUGGUUGUAAUUCAUGCUUUUCUUCAGCUUAAUCUGGAUUGUGAGAUCUUUUGCGGUAAGAGGUAUUAAAAGGGCUGAAGAUACUCUCAUUGUUCUUUAGGUUUCAUUCUAGCUUUAGCCACUAAGAUCGACAUCAAUUCCAUGUAGUUGGAAAAUGGAAGUAAUUUGCUUGUUCUUAAAUCUUGAAUCUUGAUGAUCGAUCAUGUCCUAUGAGCUUGAUUCGUAGAAAUUUCUUAUGGGAUCUUGUUGAAUCUUGAUCUGUAAAUUCAAUUCAGAUUUCAGAAUCAAAGAUGGCUAAUUUUGAUUGAUCUUGAUAGUAACUACAAAUUUGGUUUUAGUAGUUCAAGAUUUUGAGUUUUGUGGGUGCAUUUUGUUGUUUAUUCAUAAUGAAUGAUGCCCAAAGUACUGCCAAUAGUCUGCCUCCUUUCAUCGCAAAAACCUACGAAAUGGUCGAUGAUCCUUUAACCGAUUCCAUCGUAUCAUGGAGCCACAAUAACCGAAGCUUUGUCGUGUGGAACCCGCCUGAAUUCUCGGGCGAAUUGCUUCCGAGAUUCUUCAAACACAAUAAUUUCUCGAGCUUCAUCCGACAACUCAACACAUAUGGUUUUCGGAAAAUCGAUCCAGAACAAUGGGAAUUCGCAAAUGAAGACUUCAUCAGAGGCCAACCACAUCUUUUGAAGAACAUCCAUAGAAGAAAACCGGUUCACAGCCAUUCGAUGCAGAACCUCCAUAUCCAUGGAGCUUCUUCUACAUCUUCUCCUUUGACCGAAUCAGAAAGAAAUCGAUACAAAGAAGAGAUUUACUGGCUACGACAUGAAAAAGAAUCAUUGUUUCUAGAGUUUCAAACCCACCAACAAGAACAACAAGAGAUCGAAUCGGCAGCUCGUGCAUUAACCGAUCGUCUAAAGAUCGCGGUGAAACGCCAAAAUGACAUCCUCUGUGUCUUGGAUACAACUCAAAUAUUGGAGACAAAUGAUCGAAAGAGACGGCUUUCGGCUGAAACGAACAACGAUCAAGCGAGUCCUUUCAAUUUUCCAAUCUCCGGAACCCGAAAUACAGAUACCCUUUUGGCAUUAGAUGUGGAAAUGGUGGAGCAAUUGGAGUCUUCUCUAAUGUUUUGGGAGGAUUUAUCCACGGACGUCCGUGAAGCUCUUGUACAACAAAAGUGGCAGCCUGAGUUGGAUCAGAACGCUGGAAAUUGUGCAGAAAGUCCCGUUAUUUGCUACCCAACGAUAAAUCUUGAAAUGGGCUCUAACGACUGUGAGACCGCCAUGAAUUCUGAAGUGGUGAAGGGUGUUCCCACGGACGAAGAGCAGGUUGGUCGGAAGAGUGUUAACGAUGGGUUUUGGGAGCAGUUUUUGACGGAGAAUCCCGGUGGUUCGACGGAGGAUAACGACGGCAGAGGGUGGGGUCAAUUUGGGAAGUUUUGGUGGAACAUGAAGAGUGUAAAUGGCCUUGCAACACAAAUGGGGCAGCUGGAAAGAACUUGAGGUUUGUAGAUUUGUGUUUGGAUUUUUGAAGAAUUAUGAUAUGAUGUUUCAUUUUUCCUGGUACUUAUGUUUGUGAAUACAAUGAUGUUAGGAUUUCAGCAC